GCUUUGUAAGAAAACCAUUAAGCCUACUCACUUGAGCUUGUAUUGCUUCACCAAUCUGGGAAAAGUAAUCAAGAUGUUUAUAUGCUUGCAAAUCUCAGAUUGGAUUCCAAAUUUCCCAUGCCAAAAGGAAUCCUUAUCCCCAUGAAUCAUGAUAAUUUUAAUGGUGUGGGUUUAUUGGUAAUUUUUGAAAAGUGUAGGGGUCAAAUUGAGAAAAGUUUCUUUAUAAAACGCAAAGGAUCUAGACACACAGCAUCGACAUCGACAUUUCAUGGUAUGUGGCUGUUGGGGUCCGGGGCUGAGCUAACCGCCAUAAAUAACUAACGAGCCGGUGUCGCCGGAACUCAGUUUCUCAACUCGGUCUUGACUUGGUGUCUCCCAUGGGCCACGUCGACCUCCAACCCUCCUCUUUCAUUUCCGAUUUCCUCCUCCAAACCGGCGGUGUCGCCGUCAUAGAUGGCGGUCUCGCGACGGAGCUCGAGCGCCAUGGCGCCGACCUAAAUGACCCUCUCUGGAGCGCCAAAUGCCUCCUCAGUUCUCCUCACCUCAUUCGCACGGUACACCUUGAUUACCUUGAAGCUGGUGCAGAUAUUAUAAUCACAGCUUCUUACCAGGCUACUAUUCAGGGGUUUGAAGCUAGAGGCUUCUCUAGAGGAGAAAGUGAAGCCUUGCUUAGAAAAAGUGUGGAGAUCGCCUGUGAGGCUCGGAAAAUGUAUUAUGACAGAUGUAUUGAAUUUGCUUGUGAUGAUAGUGAAGAUGGAAGGAUUCUUAAACACCGUCCCAUUUUAGUUGCAGCAUCUGUGGGGAGUUAUGGAGCUUAUUUAGCUGAUGGGUCUGAGUACAGUGGUAUUUAUGGUGAUGAAAUAACUGUGGAAACCUUGAAAGAUUUUCAUCGGAGAAGGGUUCAGAUCCUAGCAGAUGCAGGUGCUGACCUAAUUGCAUUCGAAACAGUUCCUAAUAAGCUUGAAGCUCAGGCUUAUGCUGAGCUUCUUGAGGAAGAAAAUAUUAAGAUUCCAGCAUGGUUUUCUUUCAACUCCAAGGAUGGUGUCCAUGUGGUCAGUGGUGAUUCUUUGCUUGAAUGUGUCUCAAUUGCUGAAUCAUGCAAGAAAGUUGUUUCUGUUGGGAUCAACUGCACACCUCCUAGAUUUAUUCAUGGACUGAUUUUGUCUAUUAAAAAGGUGACUACUAAGCCAAUACUUAUAUAUCCGAACAGUGGUGAGAGCUAUGAUCCUGAACAGAAAGAGUGGGUGCAAAAAACAGGAGUUUCAGUUGAAGACUUCGUAUCAUAUGUUAACAAAUGGUGUGAGGUAGGGGCUUCCCUUGUGGGAGGUUGCUGCAGGACUACGCCAAACACCAUCAGAGCCAUAUACCGGACCCUAUCUAAUAAUAGAUCUGCUACUGCAUCUCUUAAGUCUUGAGAAACCACACUGACUUCAUCAGAUGAGAGAUAAGAUUAUGUAUCCAAACCAGAUGCAGAGGAGGCUUGCAUAAGUGGGAUUUUUCUUUAAGGGUGUAAUGGGGAGAAGAGACGCCAACAAAAUUGUAUGCAUGAGUUCUGGAAUUCUAGAUUAAAUUUUGGGUUUAAUGUUUUUUAAAAAUGCUUUC